GUCGGAGCAGAGUUUAAAGGUUGCUGUUUGCUGUUAGCGUUAGCCAUAAAUGCUAAUUAAGAUGGACUGUCUGGGUAAAGAAAACAUCCCACCCACUGCCAGAGCAGAAGCACUGCAGGUCAAGAGGACCAAACAGCGGACAGUGCUCGGUGUGUUGCCAGAAAACGAGUUGCUCAGCCAGUCCCUUGGACAGUCAACAAAGCACAGCUCCAUCUUGGACGGCUCUCAGUUCACGUUCUCCAGCACCGUGUCCAGCGCUAGCUGUGACGUCUUCAUCGAUGAGGCCUGUGAAGUUGUUAUUUCUGCUUCUGGUGUAGAAGUGGUCUCAGACUCCAGUUUCCCAAAUGCCAAAUCUGCUGCCCAAAAAAAUCAAGACUGGAGAUACCUUCUGCAGCUGAGUUCAAGUCCAUGGCAGGACUCCUCUGACCCAGAUGAUCCGCUGACAUCAGAAGAACUCCCCAGUGUGUCAGAUUAUGCAGAGGACAUUCACAUUAACCUGAGGAAGAGGGAGGUGAAGUUCAAGCCCAAACUGGGCUACCUGGAGAAGCAUGCAGAGCUGACCAGUGAUAUGCGGUUGGUCGUUGUGGAUUGGCUGGUGGAAGUGGUUCAGGAGUACAAGUUUGGUUCUGAAACGUUGUACCUCGCUGUCAACUACUUGGACCGCUUUCUCUCAGGGACAGUAAAUGUGAGACGGAGCAAGUUACAACUCGUUGGCACAGUUGCACUACUCGUUGCUGCGAAACAUGAGGAGAUCUAUCCUCCUCCAUUGGAAGAGUUUGUGUACAUCACAGACAGCGCCUACACAAAGAAGCAGCUGAUCCGGGCAGAGAAUGUUCUGCUAAAGGUGCUGGCCUUUAGGUUGGCGACACCAACUCCAUUUCAGUUUCUUCACCAGUACAUGUGCAUUAGCGUGGUUUGUGUCAACACAGCAAAUCUCGCACAGUAUGUGGCAGAGUUGAGCCUGCUGGAGUUGGAUCCCUUCCUGAAGUACGCUGCAUCUCUGGUGGCUGCUGCAGCCUUUUGUUUAGCAAACUAUACCAUGAACAAAUCUCUCUGGCCGGAGUCCUUACAGGCUUUCACCGGUUACAGCAUUGGUGACAUCAUGCCGUGUCUGACUGACCUCCACACACUGUACCUGAGGGCAGAAAGUCACCAGCAACAGGCCAUCAGGGAUAAAUAUAAGAGUUCAAGGUAUUGUGGUGUUUCAUGGAUUACGCCACCUGUUGUCCUUUCCCCCUGAAUCUCCUCUCCGCCGUAUUUCUGAUGCUUCUGCCAGAACAUGAUUCAUAUUCCCAAAGUGCCACACCCUUCUGCACCUCUGCACAUUUUAAUAACACAAAGUCUUUU